ACCCCUCCCCCCAUUCAACCACUCGCCUCGCUGUUUCAGUGUGUUUACUACACUGGCCAGCAUAGGGGGAGACACUCGUCUUCACAUGUACUGAGAAAUAACUGUUUUUAGUUGGAUUUGCGCGAAAAAACCUCCAAGAGAUCAACAUGCCCAGGAGAAAGAGACAAGAAACAGAAGAAGAGGAGCCCAAGAGGAGAUCAGCCCGGUUAUCGGCGAAACCGGCCCCAUCUAAGGAGGAACCAAAGGUGAAGAAGGCAGCGAAGAAGGAAAAGGCUGUGAACGAUAAGAAGGAGGACAAGAAGACCAAGAAGUCAAAGGAGAACGCCGAGGCAGAGGCCAAUGAAGAAAACCACUCUGAGAACGGCGAGGCCAAGACCAAUGAGGAGGAGGAAGCCCCGGAGGAGGCCAAAGAGGCCAAGUCAGAGUAGCACCACUGCCCCCAGCGUCCCCAACACUCCCCUCGAAGCUCCCCUCUCAAGUCUCUCACACGGUUUCCCUCCAAGGCGUAUUGUUAACAGAGGAAUAUUUUUAUCAAUGAUUUUAUAAGUAUCCGUACAGAUUUUUAGCACAAAAAAGCGAAGCUGAUUAUGGAGCACCUUGCAGAUUUGCAGUGGUCAUAUCAAGUGUCUGCAAGCAAGACAAACACACUAAAAUCUUUUUUAAAUGGCAUUUCGUGAUUGUUGAAGGCUUGUUUGGUGUAGAAAGUGUCCCCCCAACACCCCCUUCGCUGGAUUGGCUUUGAUGUGACUUGUGUAGUUGUUACCCCACCCCACAAACCCCCUUAUACAGUUCGGCCCCCGCCCCCUACUCAUGUUUUAUUAACGGUUCAGCCAUGUUAUAACGUGGCUGCUUCUUUUAGACCUCUUAAUGUGCAGUGAGUUCCCUUUUUUUUGCUCGUGUCUCAUGAUCUUGGUUUCAUUUUUUUUGGGGUCCUCAUUGAAAAUGUGUUUUUGAAAAGAAUUAAGCGUGUUGUCCAUAAGAAAGAGGAAGACGAACAUGUGAAACAUUCCUGGAACAGCGAUGCCUGACGACCCUGCGUUAUGAGAAAGAGGGAAAAAAAACAGCCCCUGCUCCAUCUGUGCUGUAGAGUCACCUUUUUUAAAAACACCGUUGUUCUUUUUAAACUAUUUGAAUUGGGAAAUCUCAAAAAACGCAGGUGUCCGGUCCCUCUAUUAUGUUCUGAAAUUCUCUUAAUAAAAACAAGUCCUGGGAAUUUUCCUCAAA